UUUGUGAUUGGAGAAUCAUUCUCACAUAGAGCUGCUCCAUCUAGCAUGUCUGGUUGAAUUUCACGGCUGCUGUUUUUUUGCUCUGCUUCAUACCAAUCUCACAGCGGAUCAAUUCGGAGGAACAAAUCGGGACCUUAGAAGGUUUUUGGUGGAAUACUGCGCAGCAUCCGCUACUCUCUAUCGUUUAGCGCCAUCUUCAAGUCCCUCUUGCAUUCCUGGACUCCUAUUGUUUUUAACCCGUCCGUGACGAAUCAAGCUAAGGUUACACACUAAAGAAUAAACAAUGGAUAAAGCGGAGCUUAUUCAGAAGGCCAAGUUGGCGGAGCAAGCCGAGCGCUACGAUGACAUGGCCGCCUCGAUGAAGGAGGUAACGGAACAGGGGGGCGAGCUGUCAAACGAGGAGAGGAACCUGCUAUCUGUCGCAUACAAGAACGUGGUCGGAGCACGGCGGUCGGCAUGGAGGGUCAUCUCCAGCAUCGGACAGAAGACGGAGGGAAGCGACAAGAAGCUCGCAAUGGUCAACGAAUACCGGGAGAAGGUGGAGGGUGAGCUGAGAGAUAUCUGCAACGACGUACUGGAACUGCUGAAUAAAUAUUUAAUUGAGAACUCCACAAAUGCUGAAAGCAAAGUCUUCUAUCUUAAGAUGAAGGGCGACUACUAUAGAUACCUUGCCGAAGUCGCCUCUGGGGAUGACAAAACAGCAACCAUAGAGCACUCUCAGGAGGCGUACCAGCAGGCAUUUGACAUCAGCAAGAAGGAGAUGGACCCCACGCAUCCCAUCCGCCUGGGCCUGGCCCUCAACUUCUCAGUCUUCUUCUACGAGAUCCUCAACUCUCCAGAGAAAGCCUGCUCACUGGCCAAACAGGCAUUUGAUGACGCCAUUGCAGAGCUGGACAAACUGAACGAGGAGUCAUACAAAGACAGCACUCUCAUCAUGCAGCUGCUCAGAGACAACCUGACAUUAUGGACAUCCGACAACGCGCCUGAGGAAGGCGAGGCUGGAGAAGCUGGCGAAGCCGGAGAGAACGAGAACUGAAACUCACAGGGUCAUCUCUCUCUCAAAAAAAAAACCUUUUUACACAUCUCCAUUCCUGUAUU